AUUCGUGGCCAUGUUCGAGGUCCAAGGUGUCGGCGAGGAAGUUGUCCUUGCAGCGAUUGUGUUUCUUGUCAGUACAGCAGGCCUGGCGUUCCUUGUAUUUCACGUGUUCACACCGACCUACGAGAAGGCAACACCGAAGGCCGCGGUGGUCCAUGCCAAGACACGCCCGCGGCAUGCCAACUCAACAUGUCCGAUCUGCCUGACGGAUGUUAGACUUGCUUGCGAAACGAACUGCGGCCACGGGUUCUGCACCCCGUGCCUGACGAGCUACUUUGCGUCGCGGCGUUUAGACUAUCCAUGCCCCUACUGUCGUCAAUACAUCCAUUUGGUCCACACGUUCUACUCCCCUGUAGAAAUUUCGUCGCAAGAAGGACUCUCAGCAUUGCGAAAGCUUGACACCUUUAACGUGCGUGCAGGUCAAAAGAUCUCGCUACUCCAACAACUGACCGACCUCCCAACGCUAUUGAACUGGGCACGACGGCCACGACGGCAGUCGACGCUGGAGCUCUGGACUCCAAUGAGAGUGAUGUACUGCAUCGUGACUCUGUUAUACUUGAUCAGCCCCGUGGACAUGAUGCCUGAAAUGGUGUUUGGUGUGCUGGGUUACCUCGACGAUCUCCUGCUCAUCCUCGUGAUUCUCCUUGGAAUCGCGCGAGCUAUUCGCCAAGAUAUCUUCAUCCAAGCAUCUGCACGAGUGCAGCGGGAAGUACCUCGUGCCACGGCCAACCCGCACCAAAGCUGAGCAUCCAGACCACCACCUAUGUGCAAUGGCGUUCGCAACUUCACAAUCUUUCCAACCCUCGCCUCGAGUCCUUUGGGAGUCGGCAGCUACAAGGCAUCAAGUUGAGGACAUAGUGUGCUGACGACGGUUAAAAGAGGCACACAGCUCCAUUUCUAUUCAAAUACCUUCCUGGAUGCCGC